GCGCGCGCAACUUCUGGCCGGGCUUCUCUUUCCUUUGGCUGCCAGCUCCACCAUGGAGACCAUCCUGGAGCAGCAGCGGCGCUACCACGAAGAGCGGGAGCGGCUGAUGGACGUCAUGGUGAAGGAGAUGCUGACCCGGAAAACCACGCUUCGGGACCAAAUCAACUCGGACCACCGGACCCGCGCCAUGCAGGACCGCUACAUGGAAGUGAGCGGCAAUCUUCGUGACUUAUACGACGAUAAAGACGGGCUGCGGAAGGAGGAGCUCAGCGCCAUCUCGGGACCCAACGAGUUUGCCGAAUUUUACAACCGCCUCAAACAGAUCAAGGAGUUCCACCGGAAGCAUCCCAAUGAGAUCUGUGUGCCAAUGUCAGUGGAGUUUGAGGAGUUCCUCAAGGCCCGGGAGAACCCCAGUGAAGAGGCCCAGAACCUUGUAGAGUUUACCGAUGAAGAAGGAUACGGCCGCUAUUUGGACCUGCACGACUGUUAUCUCAAGUACAUUAACCUUAAGGCCUCAGAGAAACUGGACUACAUCACAUACUUGUCUACUUUUGACCAACUCUUUGACAUUCCCAAGGAUAGAAAAAAUGCAGAAUACAGAAGGUACUUGGAGAUGCUUCUGGAAUACCUUCAGGAUUACACAGACCGGGUGAAGCCGCUACUAGACCAGAAUGAGCUCUUUGGCAAAAUCCAAUUAGAGUUUGAGAAGAAAUGGGAUAAUGGCACAUUCCCUGGGUGGCCGAAAGAGACCAGCAGCGCCCUCACCCAUGCAGGGGCCCACCUGGAUCUCUCAGCCUUCUCUUCCUGGGAGGAACUGGCUUCCCUUGGAUUGGAUCGGCUGAAGUCUGCCCUGUUGGCGUUGGGUCUGAAGUGUGGGGGUACUUUAGAGGAACGUGCCCAGAGGCUGUUCAGCACCAAGGGAAAGUCUCUGGAAGCCCUUGACCCUUCCCUCUUUGCGAAGAACCCCAAGACAAAGGGAAGCAAGCGGGACACGGAGCGCAACAGGGACCUGGCUUUUCUUGAAGCUCAGAUCUACGAAUACGUGGAGACCCUGGGGGAGCAACGGCAGCUGACCCACGAGAACGUCCAGCGCAAACAGGCCCGGACUGGGGAGGAGCGGGAGGAGGAGGAGGAGGAGCAGAUCAGCGAGAGUGAGAGUGAGGAUGAGGAGAACGAGAUCAUCUACAACCCCAAGAACCUGCCCCUGGGAUGGGAUGGCAAGCCUAUCCCCUACUGGCUGUACAAGCUCCACGGCCUGAACAUCAACUAUAACUGUGAGAUCUGUGGGAACUACACGUACCGGGGUCCCAAGGCCUUCCAGCGGCACUUUGCAGAGUGGCGCCAUGCUCACGGGAUGCGGUGCCUGGGCAUCCCCAACACGGCUCACUUUGCCAAUGUCACACAGAUUGAGGAUGCUGUCUCCCUCUGGUCAAAGCUGAAACAGCAGAAGGCUUCAGAGCGGUGGCAGCCAGACACAGAGGAGGAAUAUGAAGAUUCCAGCGGGAAUGUGGUCAACAAGAAGACCUACGAAGACCUGAAGCGCCAAGGCCUGCUCUGAAGAAGGGUGGGCAAUUGUGGGUGCCCCUCCCCCUUCCUCAUUCCUCCCCUUUCUGUCCUGGCUUUCCUGCAUCCACCUGAGCUGAGCUGUCAGCCAUCCAGAGAGCAGGGCGGGGUCUCAGACAUUUCUUUGUAUGUAACAAAUUCGUAGAAAUAAACACUUGUUUUAAAGGCAGAAA